AUGGGACUCGGCCAGCCGUUGCCUUCCGGAGUUGCAUCUCAUCCUCCCCCAACUCAUGCAUCCUCACUCGGGCAGGGUCCACCUCCGCCUCCGCCUCCGCCAUCCCAGGGUCAGCAGCAAAGCCAGCAUCUGGGCCAACUACCCCCGCCGCCACCAGGGUGGCAGGGCUCGGAAGACUCCAUGCGAGCGUGGUUGCAUGCGAAGGCGGAAGAGGACAAGAGGAAGCAAGAAGAGGAGAGGACCAGCCAGGAACGGCUUCGCCUCGAGCAACGACGAACCGAGUACGACAUUCUGCGAACGUCGUUACAGGGUGGCGUCCCACCGCCCCUGGUCCCGGUCGUGUUUGCUGGUAUGGGAGGUGGUAACCUGCCGCCAGCAGCGCUGGAAUGGGCCCAGCAGUUCAUGUACUCCCAGGCGCAAGGUGGGCCUCCGCAGCAUCUUCUGCCCGGCCCAGCUUCGCCAGAGUACCGCCGUGACUCUCAAGCGCAAGCCUAUGGGCACUAUUCCGGCUCUGGUGGUGUUCCGUCCACUCCCGGAUCUGCUCAGGGUGCCCAUGGCAGCUUUGUUGGGACGCACCCAAACUCUUCACCACGUGCUCGAGGCUACAGCAUGCCAAGCUCUGGCAGCCGUCCGCUCGGAGGGGGGCCCGGCCUAUCCAGCCUGAACACGAGCGUGCUCCCAAGCUCAGGUGGCGCGUCUGCAGCGCAGACACACCCAGGCGUCGCCUCGGCGCAGCAGCAGCAGCAGCAGCAGGAAACGCAGCAGUCCCCGUCGAUAUACUUCCAUAUGUGGCAACCCCCGACGAGCCAGGCCAGCCAGUCCGGCUCCAAUCAGCCGGCAACACCUUCCGGUGCGUCCAAAUCCAAACAUCGGUCUUAA